ACACCAAAACUCACACCCAAAACUCCCACAAACCCCACCCAAAUCUCACCCAGAUUCCACCCAAAUCCCACCCAGAUUCAAUAACGCAGCUUAUUACAUAGCAUCUCUGAAAGCUGCCAGCAUCUCUAGAAGACGCCCGGCGCCAGGAGCGGAAAACAGCAGUACACCAUCUUUUCCCGCUGGAUUCCCCCGCCCUUGCCCCCGCCCUCUGCCGCCCGCUCGCGGCCUGCACACAACGCAAAACGCCCUCACGUGAUGCGCCCAGGGACCGGCCCCAAAUCGCACCCAGUCCAUAGAAGACACCUCUAGCAGGCGCCAGACAGCACUCCUCCCCCAGCGCCAAGGCCCCCAGGAACACGCCAAACACACCACCGCCGUGACUGCACAUGGACUUGCUCAGCAUCCUCGACGGCACGCCCGAGCCGCCCAUCGUGGCGCUCCACCUCCCCGAAAUCAACACCCUGGGCGAGUACCAUUUGGCCACGCCCAUGUUCGAGUUCCAGAAGGAGCUCACGGACCAGAUCGUGUCGCUCCACUACCCGGACAUCCUCAAGUACUGCGAGACGGACGCCGCCACGCACCUGCUCCACAAAUCGUUGCAGAUUUGCGUGGACAACUGCCUGCUCGUGGCCACCCACCCGUACCUCCUCAUCCGCCACUACAUGCCCAAGAACCUCGCCGCCAAGGAGCUCCCGGCCAAGUUGGCCGAGACCAGCGGCAAGUUCAGCGUGCUCCGCAACCUCGUGCACGUGGUGGCGGCCAGUGCCGCGCGGCCCGCCGCCACGCACGUGGCCGUUGUGUUGCGCAACGACCCCCGCACCUUUGACUUGGCCGAGGCGCUUCUCUUGGGCGCCGCCGGGCCGCGCGGCGUGGUGCGCCACGUGGGCGCCAGCGUCAAGAAGGACCUGGCCAAGUCCGCGCGCUCCGCGGCACGCGAGCCGCCGGCCGUCACGGUCCACUUGCUUCCCAGCGACGGGCAGCUCACACGCACAGACGGGGCGCUUGCGCACGUGCGCUUCGACGUGUUUGUGGCCUUGGACUGCAGCGUGGACACGGCGCACCCGUCGGUGGCGCGCUGGCGCCGCCAGGGCCGUGCGCCGGGCGAGUGUGCGGCCGCUGUCAUCCGCCUAGUGCCGAUGCUCUCGGUCGAGCAUUGCCUCGUGGACGCGGCGCGCCGCGGGGGUGCCGGUGGGGGCACGCAGCGGCUCGGUAGGGGAAGAGGGGAGACCGGCGGAGAGACCGGGGGUACUACAGAGGAAGGGAUCAAAGGUACUACAGAGGGAGAGGUCAGCGGUACUACCGACGGAGAGGCCAGAAGUACUACCGACGGACAGCCUGCAGGCACCAACGGCAAGGCCACCCAGAGCAUCCCCAAGAGCGACCGCCUCUACCAGCUCGUCGCCGGGGCCGUGUGCUUGCGCGACCAGAUCGGCAACUUGCCCCCCGAUUUGCACCCCAUCUACAAGCAGAAUCUCUCGUACUUGGCGCCCACGUUCUUCGACCACGCGCUUCGCCCCGGCCCCGACUUCGCGCCCUGGCCGCUCCCCGAGCUCUGCCGCAUACCCCGCUUCCUGCCCGCGGACGUGGAGCGCUCCUUGCUGACCGAGGUCGUGUACCACUACACGCCCUACGACACGCCGCCAGACGCCCUGGACCUGGCCCUUGCCGCCGGCCCGCCCGCCCACAAGCGCCGCUCCUACUACGACGCCAAGCGCUUGCAGCUGGACUACGUCACCAACCCGUUGCGCAACGACUACAAUACGCUCAGCGGCAUCCACAACCACCACGCGCGGCCCGCGGGCGGCGCCCCGCACGAGGGCGUCCUCACGCAUUUGCUCGUGUCGCAACUCAACUGCAACUACACGGCCUUGGCGCUCUUGAAGCAGGAGCACGACGCGUACGCGGCCCACGCGGCGCCGCCACACCACGCAGCGUGUGGCCGCCGCGUGGCCGACACCAAGAAGGCGCUCGCGCUGGUGCUUGAGGACGUGGACCACGCCGAGCAGCGCUUGGCGGUCACGCAGAAAAAGACCGCCAAGCGCGCGCACGAAAACACGGCCUUGGCCGACCGCCACAAGCGGCUCAAGGCCGACUUGGCGGGCCUUGCAGACCGCGGCGACGUGCGCGACAACGCGCUCCGCCGCUCGUUUGUCCAGCGCCAGCUCCGUAUAUGGGACUUGCAGCACGACGUCAAGGCGCUCGUGGCCACGCGUGCGGCCCGCGCCGACGACAAGAGCUACAUGCGCAAGGAGGCGGCCAACUGCGAGGCAGCCAUGGCGCAGUCCCAGGCGCAGAUUGCCGAGCUCGAGGCCGACAUCGUCCUGUUGCAGGGAAAGCUCGCGCUGCUGGCCGAGCUCGAGGCCCAGGCGCAGCGGGCGUUCUAUGACCAGAGAGCCGCCCUCCAGGCGCAGAUCGCCGCCGCAAAGACCGACAACGCGGCCUUGCGGGCCCGCCUUGCCAAGACCUUGGCGUACUUGAAGGAAACGUCGCAUUUGAAGAAGAGGAAGGGCCGGGGAUUGACCCCGAGCGCCCGCUAGUUCAGAAGUGUCCAG